AUGGGUGCUAAGAUUACAGGUCAUCAAGAAAAGGGCCGGCCUUUGCCAAAAUUUGGCGAGUGGGAUGUAAAUAAUCCCUCUUCGGCCGAUGGUUUUACAGUCAUAUUUGCCAAGGCUAGAGACGACAAGAAAUCCAACGGAACAGUUGCUGGUGGCGCAGCAGCACCAAGGAUGGACAAUCCACCGGGACAAGAUCAAAAUCAUCAGGGUCCCCCAACGAAGAAAUGGUUUUGCUGCUUCUGAAACCAACCCUGCUAAUUUUGGAGCAGCGAGAUGAUAAAAUUUGGCCAAGAUGGUGAUACAAUUCAAGGUUGUCUGACUGAUUGGCGGGGUUGGGAACGAAGGUGGCUGUUGAUUUUCCUUUUCUGUAUUAGCUGUCAAUACUUUUU